AUGGCGAGGCACGCGCAGCUGGUGAGCCUCUGGCCUGCGGGCGCCCGGCUCUGUCGCAGUUGUCUCAGUGCGCAAACUGGCAAGCAAGCUGCAUCCCAACGCCGGUGGCUUAGUUCCAAGAACGACACAUCCAAAUACCUGUCCAAGGUCAAGAAUGCGGAAGAACAAUGGCAGGCAAAGGCGCAAAGAAUAGCAAGCGGCGAGGAGUACAACCUGUGGGAUGUGUUUGAGGAGCGUGGCUUCGUCAAGGAUCUCGCUGGCCGAAAAGAAGACAUUCGGGAGCUCAUGCGACAGAAGAGGAUAGGCGCAUACGUCGGCGUAGAUCCCACGGCUCCGUCUCUCCACGUCGGUCAUCUCGUACCAAUGAUGCCGUUGUUCUGGAUGUACUUUCAUGGAUACCAUGCGGUCAGUCUGCUAGGUGGCGCUACCUCGAAGAUUGGGGACCCGUCAGGUCGACUCAAGGACCGGGAAAGAAUGGCAGGAUCGACGGCUGCUACGAACACUGCAAAGAUACACUACCAGCUCAAGAAGAUUUGGGCCAACGUCGAGACAAAGUCACAGAAGUAUGGAUACAAGAAGCGAUGGGCAUGGAAACGGUCUCUAGUCAACAAUGCGACCUGGUGGAACUCUCUUCCUCUCUUGGAGGUUCUGAGAAGACUCGGUGCUGGCAUACGGAUGGGACCCAUGCUUUCGCGGGACAACGUCAAGAGGAAACUCACAGAGGGCGAUGGAAUGUCCUUUGCCGAGUUCACCUACCCCUUGAUGCAAGCAUGGGACUGGUGGCACCUGUUCAGCACACACAAUGUCCAUAUGCAGAUCGGGGGUUCCGACCAAUACGGCAAUAUCGUGACAGGUAUCGAGUCCGUCAAGACUAUCCGCGAAUCAGAACCAAACCUCGAGAAGAAGAUGGAGGAGGGUCCCCUGCAUGACCCGGUUGGCUUCACUGUCCCUCUCAUGACCGACUCUUCGGGCGCGAAAUUCGGCAAGAGUGCAGGCAACGCCAUCUGGCUUGACCCUUACGAGACCUCUUACUUCGACCUGUACGGCUAUUUCGUGCGAAGGCCGGAUGCCGAUGUCGAGAACCUCCUGAAACUGUUCACAUUCCUUCCUCUCCCCGAUAUCGCCAAGAUCAUGGAGGAACAGGCUGCGGAUCCCUCCAAGCGCGUCGCUCAGCACAAAUUGGCACAAGAGGUGGUCAGUCUUGUCCAUGGCGACGAGGCCUGCCGACUUGCGGAAGAACAGCAUCGUGCGAUGUAUACCAAGGGACAGACCAUGAUGCCCAUGGCUCAGGCCACCGAAGACGAUCUCGCGGCGCAGGACCCAGCCUCGUCAGGCAAGCCCGUCACUCUUAACAACGCCCCGCGCGUGGACAUCCAGCUGCCAGAGUCGUUGAUCCUGGGCAAAUCGAUCGCUCGCAUUCUGCACGCGGCGGGGCUCGCCAGCAGUGUGUCCGAAGGCAACCGGCUCGCCACCCAAAGAGCAGCCUACGUCGGCGGCUCGCCUGGUCAGCCAGCCAAUGUGAACAAGGGCAUGACGCCCGGCCUAGUGGAGUUUACGCCUGUGUCUGUGUGGUUCCCCGAGGACACAAAGAACUUCUUGAUCGAGGGCAAGUACCUCAUGCUCCGCAAGGGAAAGCACAAUCUCCGCAUCAUCGAGAUGGUCAGCGACGAAGACUGGAAAGCUUCUGGGAAGACGUACCCCGGCGAGCCUGGCAAGGGCAAGGUCAGGAUGCUGUCGCAGAAGCUUCGGGCUCUCAAGGAGGAGCUCAAGCAGGAUGGACUUGCUGCCAAGGCGAAGGACAAUAUCUCUGUCCAGGAUAACGCCGACGCCAUCGAGGAGCAAGAUGAGCCAGUACUCAUUUUCCCCGAUGAAAGCCCUGCACAGGUCCGGAAUCUAAAGAACAAGAUCUCCGACCUGGAAAAUGCCCGCAAGCAGCAACAGGCUGGCGCCAAGCAGGACUAG